GUUGUAUUUCUGUGACGGACCGGUUCGCCGCUGCCUUCGGUCCCCCUUGAGAGAGCGGAAAGAUGUCGUUUUCUGCAUUUCAAUUUACUGACGCUAAAGACAAAUUUACGGCUUCCGCCCGACAUGCCCUCUCCGCUAAAUCCAGCAGACCACUCAUCGAUGUUUUUAACCAGAUCCCGGGAAAUGAGCAGGAGAAGAAGACCACUCUGGAUCAGGCUCUGAGGGGAUUCCUCGGUGAUCAGAUCGUGGAGCAGAAGGCCAGCUGUGGGGACUACCUGUCUCUCAUCUACCUGAGCAUAGAUGCAGUUACGGACGGUAUCUGCUCUGCCACCGUCCCCUUCGUCCUGCUGGGAGACGUCCUGGACUGCCUCCCUCUGGACCAGUGUGACAGAAUCUUCUCUUUCGUAGAGGAAAACGUUGCCACCUGGAAAUCUAGCUCGUUUUACACCGCGGGGAAGAACUAUCUGCUGAGGAUGUGUAACGAUCUCCUGAGGAGACUUUCCAAAUCUCAGAACACCGUCUUCUGUGGGAGGAUCCAGCUUUUCCUGGCACGCCUCUUCCCUCUGUCUGAAAAAUCAGGACUCAACCUCCAGAGCCAGUUUAACCUGGACAACAUAACAGUGUUCAACAAAAGUGAACAGGACAGCACUCUGGGACAGAAGCACACUGAAGAGAAGGAGGAUGGGAUGGAGGUGGAGGAAGGAGAGAUGGGGGAGGACGACGCUCCUGCAACGUGCUCCAUCCCCAUCGACUACAACCUCUACAGAAAGUUCUGGACCCUGCAGGACUACUUCAGGAACCCGGUGCAGUGCUACGAUAAGUUCUCCUGGAUGACGUUCCUCAAGUACUCUGAUGAGACCCUGGCCGUCUUCAAGAGCUUCAAGCUGGACGACAUGCAGGCUUCCAAGAGGAAGCUGGAGGAGCUGCGAGCGUCCAGCGGAGAACACGUUUACUUUGCAAAGUUCCUCACAAGCGAAAAGCUCAUGGACCUGCAGCUCAGCGACAGUAACUUCAGGCGGCACAUCCUGCUGCAGUACCUCAUCCUCUUCCAGUACCUGAAGGGCCAGGUCAAGUUCAAAAGCUCCAGCAGCAUCCUGAACGACGACCAGACGGCCUGGAUCGAAGAGACCACCAAGCUGGUGUAUCAGCUGCUGAGAGAAACUCCACCUGAUGGAGACAAGUUUGCCACCAUGGUGGAGCACAUCCUCACCACAGAGGAAAACUGGAACUCCUGGAAGAACGAGGGCUGUCCGAGCUUCGUCAAAGAAAGAACGGUGGACGACAAACCGAAAAGACCCUCCAGGAAAAGACAAGCUCCAGAAGACUUCCUGGGAAAAGGGCCCGACCGCAAGAUCUUCAUGGGAAAUGACGAGUUGACUCGACUGUGGAACCUGAACCAGGACAACAUGGAGGCCUGCAAAUCGGACAGCCGGGAGUUCAUGCCAGCGUUGGACGAGUUCUUCGCCGAGGCCAUCGAGCAGGCCGACCCCGCCAACAUGGUGGAGGACGAGUACAAGGUGGUGCGGAACCCCAACUACGGCUGGCGGGCGCUGAGGCUGCUGUCCAGGAGGAGUCCGCACUUCUUCCAGCCCACCAACCAGAAGUUCAAGAGCCUGGCCGACUACCUGGACACCAUGGUCAGCAAGCUGGCCAAAGAGCUGCCGAAGGACAUCCCGUCUGAGGAGAUCAAGACCGGGGAGGAAGACGACGACGAUAACGGAGACAAUCUGCUCAAAGAGAGCAACGACAGCCCGAGCAUCCAGAGCAAGCCGGUCACCAACCAGCAGAUGGACGAGGUGGCGUCCAGGCUGGGCGCGCAGUGGAAGGCGCUGGCGGCGCACCUGGAGGUGAAGGCGGCGGAGGUGCGCGAGAUCGAGACGGACAGCGAGGACCCGGACAUGCAGGCCAAGCUGCUGCUGGUGGCCUGGCAGGACCGCGAGGCCUCGCAGGCCACCGUGGAGAGCCUGGUCGGCGCGCUCAACGCCGCCGGGUUCUCGCACAUCGCCGACGGCCUCAGCGAGGCGUAACGACCAACCCGCCCCCCCCCCCCCGCCCCAGUUUACAGACCAAAACCAUGAAGACUGUUUUUGUAGGUUAGAUUUCACUUUUUCACUGUAGAAGCUCCAAUAAAUGUUUGUUU